UGUGAAUUAAUCUGGAUAGGAUAGGUAGUGAGUCCCGGUGUUUCUCCCAUAGCUUUCUCCAUUGAAUUUCUCCCGACCAUUUUAAUUUGCUUGUUUUGUUUAAUUAUUUUGCUAUUAGAUAAUAAUUUCAUCAACCAAACCAGUUUCACCUAUAGUUUGCUCCACAAAAUUGAUAAAUCAUAAGGUUGUGCCAGACCCUGAGAGACGAUACUCGGACUUCCGGUUACUACGAGAUAGGAAAUUGAAGCAUUGCGCUUUUGCUCUAUCAAGUUUUUGGCGCCGUUGCCAGGAACUGCCAUAACUUGUUUUUAUUGAUUAUUGUGAGUGAACUAUUUUGAUCUAGGUGUUAGUGUGCAGGUGAAUUUUUCUGGUCUAUCCUCCUCGUGCAUGCCUAGGAGGACGACUGGCAAUUUACUGCCACUAGAUCCGGAGAUUGAGAAGACCUGUCGUCAGAACAAGAAGCAGGUCAAGUUAGGGAAGCAGCCAACCACAACUACUGGGCCUUCCCUAACCCAAGGAGGGCAGGCUUCAUCACCUGUCGUCCCUACACCACCGACACCACCACCACCACCUCGUGACAUUGAGCCUGUCAUCAUGGCAGACGAGGCAUGGGAGCGCUAUAAGGGGCUAUUGAUGAGAUGCCGAAGCCACGGUCUUGAAGAUUGGAACGUGAUCAUCAUUUUCUUCAAUGGAAUCAGAAGGGAGUUUCGGGAUGCCCUUAAUAAUGCUUCACGAAAUGGUUUCACAAGCAUGGAGGCACCAGCAGCAUAUGAUCUAGUAGAGAAGAUUUGUUAAGAAGCCAAUGAAUGGGGUAGUGAGACCAGUAUUCGAAGAAUAGGAGGCUUUCAUGAAGUUGAUAGAGUUACAAGUCUCGAAUCCAAGUUGGAUGCUAAACUGGAUUCCAAGUUUGAUGCACUCGAACAAAGGUUGGCCAAGAUUUCUCUUGGUAGACAAGAGGAGGUUGCUUUAUGUGAACUUUGCGAGGGUGCUCAUCAUAGGGAUAUGUGUCCACUGGGAGCUGCUCAGUUGGAAGAUAUCCAAUAUAUCCAUAAUCCGCGAAGUCAAGGCUAGGGUGGUAUGUAUUCAAACACAUGAAACCCUCAAUGGAGACAUCACCCCAACAUGUCAUGGUCGAAUAAUAAUCCAACUGGUGUCCGAAACAUCCCACCUCCCGGUUUCCAGCAACAACAACCUCAACCAGAGAAAAAGCCCCAGCCGGAGGAGUUGAUUUUGGCUCAUAUGCAGAAAACAUACAAUAAUUUCAAGGGUCUUGA